GAAGACGUGGCGGCCACCGUAGCGGCAGGCAGCUGCUUGCAGUUGGUUUCCGAAAGCAUACCAAAAGUUACCCGAGCGGCUAGCUGUUGAUCCGCCCAGAGCUGCAAAAAUGAUCUCGUUAACGGAUUCCCAGAAAAUCGGCAUGGGACUAACAGGCUUCGGCGUGUUUUUCCUCUUCUUUGGAAUGAUUCUCUUUUUUGACAAAGCUCUCCUGGCCAUAGGCAAUAUCCUGUUUGUCGCAGGCCUGUCAUUCGUCAUUGGAUUGGAGAGGACAUUCAGGUUCUUCUUCCAGAAGCACAAAGUGAAGGCCACUAGUUUCUUCCUGGGUGGUGUGUUUGUGGUAUUGAUCGGCUGGCCUAUGGUGGGAAUGGUCCUGGAGAUCUAUGGCUUCUUCCUGUUGUUCAGGGGUUUCUUUCCAGUUGCUGUGGGCUUUAUCCGGAGAAUCCCCAUUCUGGGCUCGUUGCUCAAUCUCCCUGGGAUCAGUGGGUUUGUGGAUAAAGUCGGCGAAAGCAGCAACAUGGUAUAGCAGCGACAUUUUGGCUUGGAGAAGAUCAAUUUAUUAUAUUUAUAAUAGUUUUCUGAAUUAAUUUCAUCUACAGCUGGCUAAGUUCCCCUUAAAUGUUAAGGUCUGAAAUCUCUGAAUAUGGCCUUCUUCGGUUUAGAGGGAAACCAUCUGCUUUUGUUUGUCAUUGGAUUGGCAUGAUGCAAGUGCUUUUAUGUACUGGAGAAAGCACCACGCUGGUUGCCAUGAGGACACUGUUACCUAGAAACUUUAGCUAUGGGCCCAGGUUGAGUGUGUCCCAUAAGCCAUUUAUACACAUCAUGUUUAUGAUAAAACUCUGGACUACAAUGACUGAAGUGUAUGAUCCUCUGGACAUGCAAAUAACAGGAUUGCACCUGUCCAUUUAUGUGCAUCAUGAAAACAGCCUAAAUCCUGUUAAAUUUUGCUAUAUGGUUUGUGCUGUGCUUUCUUGAUUGCCAGAUAUGGCAAUUGAUGUUAUACCCCCAACCCCCACCUGAGGUCCUGAAAGCCAAAUGGAGAAAUGUUUGUCUUAUUUCCAAUUAACUGCAUACAUCUACACUCUGCAUUUACUACAAAAGUUUUUUUUAAGUCUGUUUGUAGGACAAUAUGUUCACUUCCCUGUGUAAAGUAUUAAACAGCCUCCAGGGGGAGAUAAACAAUAAAGCCA